AUGUUAAUUAAUGAAGGAAGAGUGGAUAACUUAUCUACACUUAAUAGAAUUAUAAAUUUAAGGUUAUUCCCUAAUUAUACAACAGGAAUAUUCUUAUUUAUACUAAAAAUAUGCAAUAAUCUGCAUAUUAUUAGCAAAUUCUGUAUUAUAUCAUUAUUUAAUACACAAUGUAUCAUAAUAUCACACAAUCAUACUAUUGUACGCUGUAAUUUACAUUUAUUAUACCACAAUGAUUUAAAUAUUUUAUUAUUUAUAAUUUAUUAUUCUUCUCCUUUUUUAAUAUUUUUAAUAUUUUUACAGUCUUAUUUUUAUUUUUUAUUUUCUAUUCUUGUAAAAGUUUUUUACUUACAAGACAUACCAUCAUAUAUUUACUACCUAUUAUUAAAUGUAUAUUUACUUAUUACACUAUGUGGUAUAAUUAUUAGUAUAUACAAAAUAUAUAACACAUUGUGUAAAAUAUAUUAUAUAAAUAACACGAUGUAUAAUAUAUUUAUUAUACUUAUUAUAAUUAUUACUACACUAUUAUAUAUUAUACUAUAUCUAAUAAGUAAUAUAUAUUACACAAUGUAUAUUAUAUAUAUAAUAUUACAUUAUAUAUUACACAGUGUAUUAUUAAUUAUAGUAAUAUUUGAUAUUAUUAACAUAAUUAAUAACACAAUGUGUAAUAAUUAUAGAGUGUAUGUGAUUAUUUGGUUUAUUAUGAUUAAUUGUAUAUUUAUAUGUGGUAAGAAUAAUAUUAAUAACACAAUCCGCAUUAAUUAA